UUUACAUUAUUUAAUCUGUUUUCAAUGGACUAGACUUUGUUUUCACAUACUACCUUGCCGUAUUAAAUAAGCGGUUGAUGCCGCAAGUUUUAAAUCGAUGUUCUGAAUUUUAGCUGUUAGGUAUAUUACAAGCCGCUGCUAUAAAUGUCACGUGGAUCUUCGUUGAUUGUUUUGAUGGAUGCAGGCCAUUCUGAUAAUAUUCUACAAUACUAUGCUGAAAAUAUUCUUAAAGCACACAUUAAGCAAUUAACCUAUCAAUAAAGUAAAAGAUCUAGGUUGUUUUGCUUUCCUUCAAAAACCUUCGGCUUAAUUGUGCUUUUAAGCGUGAACCAAAAGGGGUUUUCAAGCGAGAUUUCAUUCAAGUGGAUUUUUACCAGACGAUAUAUUAACCUUCGCCUAAUCCAUUCUAUCUUGUGUCGGUGAAACGCCCAGAUUUCUUAUUACGAUAAUAUCAAAUUCUUCAUUCAAGUCGCCUUUCUUAUGGGCAAUUGGCAUGAUGGUCGCACCUGGCUAAAAAUUUACUUUUGCAGCUUGAACUUACAGCUCAAACUUAGAACCUAAAACUCACAGUUACAAGUUGAAACUCAUAGUUACAACUUUAAACUCACUUCCUUAGACGACAGUGGCAACUUACAGUACAAGCCCUGAAUCACCCUUUUAUGCAAGCUACUUAUCACAGUUCUGUCUUUAUGUAAUUUAACAAUGGAAAAUGUAGCUCUGUUUCUCUUCCUUUAGUUUAUCUUAUUAAAAUUUACUCAAACUUGGUACAAAAUGAAAGUUCGCUACCCGGUCCCAUCUAGUGCAGAAAAGCAAUUGAUUGAUUGAAGUACUAGGCACUAAACAAUAAAAGGUUAUAGAAUUUUGCAGUGCAACAACUUGAACAAGUGUACGUUGCUUUCUUACGGUAUACAGUCUUAGGCCCUAAGUAUUUAAGCGCGAUCUCCUUGCCAACUCCUUUUUACUUAAAAGGGUUUUUUUAUGAGUGUAAAUUUAAUUCAGCAUUAUCAAUGUACUGACAUUAAUUUCUUCUAAUAGUUCUAAACAAAUUUUGAUCUUUGUGCAAUUGCUAUUUGAAUUUAUAUAGGAUUAACCGACCUUCUUUUGAAAAAUCGUCAAGAACUUUACAAGCGGGUUAAUUAGUGAAAUAUACACUGUAAAAGUCAAAUAAUCUCAAAUUUCCACAAAACACAGCCUGAAUUUGCAUUCUCAUAAAACACAGCUUGUAUAGUAUAUAAAACACAUAAAACACAUUUUGAAUUGUACGGCAUCCAGAAAAACUAGGCUCAUUGAACCUGGGCCGAAUUGAAUAUUUGUCUUGAAAUAUAUCUUCGCUUUCGUAUAAUGCUAGUACAUCUCUGAAGAAUCUUAGGUAUACGGUAUACAGGACGUCGAUACUAAAAGUUUGCUAACUCCUAGUAAAUGUGGCUCUAGAAAUAUCCUGAACUGCAAAGAUCUGCUCCAACACCUUGCACAAUAUGAGGUCCAAUUUCCUUUUCUUGCUUGUUCAAGUUAUAUUUAUUUCUAGCAAAUUGAUAUUAAUUUAAAAUGCAAACACAAUUCAAAAUCUAAAGACAAUCUGCCAAGUAGAUGUAGAUCGAUUUAAAGCUGUCUAUUUUGUCUUUGCUGUAGCUUCGUGAUCUUUGUAAACUGUGAAAUCACACCUCAGCUGAUAUCAUCUAGGUAGCAUUAAAAAUUAUGAGAUCACUUAUUGCGUUUCACUAUUGAUUGUUAUGAUAAACAUUUCAGGAAAACAGGCAUUGCACAGGUUACCCGAAAAGACCUGUUUCCACGUCAAAAAUACGCGAGCUUGAAUGCUAAUGUGACGAAAUUUAGGCCCUAGAUUUCACUAUUUUUCAGCAUAUUGACAAUUAUUAGCAUCAAGACAUAUUUUGUUAGAGUAUCAUUGUAUUAACGGGUUAAGAAUCUCGAGUGGGACUUCUGAUCACAAGUGGCUUGCAAGUCAUGCCUAAGCCCGUUCAAGCAUAUGAAAAUUCCGAUUGACCAGUGAACAGCAAGUGAUCUUUCAUGUUCCCAAGUCCAAUAAGAUCAUCUUUCCAAAUUAAAACGGUCAAGAAUGAUUCUUUAUCAUGGUUAAUCAUUCUAUAUCUUGAGUUGCUGCCAUAGAAGAUGAUGAUUUUUUUCUUUGUAUGUCAUAAUUAUUAGGAGUUUUUUUGAGCUUAAAUAUUUUAGAGUUUUCCAGUUAUUACUUUUGCUUUGGCGAUGCUAUUUCUGAAUCUUGCGGUUCAACAUGAAAGAGCUCCAAGAAAUGCAAAACAAAGAAUUGACGAAGAUGUAAGUUCUCCUUCAAAAAUCCCAGAAGAUUCAAAGGGACAGUGUGGCACCCACCGGUCGCCUUCAAGCCCAAACUCCCAUUUGUACCACUUUCAGUUCCCGUCAAGGAAGAUAAAUGAUCCUUGCAGCGCUGACUGUCGCCAAAGUAGUGUACCAUUAACUCCACCUCUGACACCAAAGAACCCUCCUCAUGUUCCAAAAUCUCCUGAUGCCCUUUACGAAUUGUCUGUUCGAGUACUGCACUCAACCAUUACUUGGGCAAGAAACAUCCCCACAUUCCUUGAACUUCCUUUCAAAGACCAGGCUUUGCUUUUGGAAGAGAGCUGGGUUGAUCUGUUCUUAUUGAGCCUGGCACAAUGGGACGUAGAAAUCGACUUGCAUGUUAUGCUCAAGGCAGCUGGCAUUGACAAGGAGAACCGAACAACUGGGGAAAUAAUGGGUGCCAUUGCAGAUCUAAAUCAUCUACAAAACGUUGUGAAUAAAUUUAAGAGCUUACAAUUAGAUUCAACAGAAUAUGCUUGCCUUAAAGCCAUAUCGCUGUUUAAGCCAGAGCUCCGCAACAUACUUUCCAUAAGUCACGUAGAGAAUCUCCAAGACCAAGCACAAGUAAUGCUGUCCGAAUACUCAAGAUCACGAAGCCCGGACGUACCUGUCCGGUUUGGAAAGAUGCUCCUUUCACUUGCAGCCCUUAGGUCUAUUAGCCCACGCAUCAUAGAAUUCUAUUUCUUUAGGGGCUCGUUAGACAGUGUGCCGGUAGAAAAAUUAUUUGUCGAUUAUGGAUUCAAUAGAAACUUGUGUUCUCAAACACACACUCAAAUACCUCAUAACGAAAUAAAGACGGAAUAGCUUAAUUUCUAGUUUCAUCGUUUCAGAGACUGAAACUGUAUAUAUUUUAUGCGUGUUUGAUACAAAUAUAAAGAAUGGAAAGAUAAUAAAUGACUGUGAUCUGACAUGAAAAUGUCACUUAUGAUUUUACUUGUGCAAUUUGACCGAAGUGCAUGCAAAAACAUACAGUAAAUCUCCAGGCAAAAAGAUAUCUAGAACUUCAAAGUGACGUAAAUCAUUUACCUUGUUUUUUAUGAUGUUAUGAAGCAGCCAAAAAAAAUUUUAACGCUUAAAUACUUGAUCAAUUCCCUUGGAUGGGGGUACUCAUAUCUUUAGGAUAGGGGUGUUCGGGUUAUUCUUUUAGAUGUCGAAUUAAAGGAAAAGUUUUUUGGUUCAGUUAAUUUUAUAAUUACUUUUUUUGUUUCAUGAAAUAUGAGAAAAGUUUGAAAUAAAUGGAGUAAAAUUGCAAACUCUUUGUGCAGGGCGAGAUUAUUUGGUUUAUUUUUUAUUUGGUUUAUUUUUAUUUGGUUUAUUUUUUAUUUGGUUUAUUUUUAUGCUAGAAUUUUUUGGGGGUGGAUAGUUUGUACCCCAGUGAACACCCCUAUGCUAAAUAUCAUUAGGUACCCCCUGCCCUCCGGGAUCAAGAGUAAAUUGAUACAAACAGGGGGACUUGACAGCAGUACUUCCUCAAGCCUAAAUGCCAAAAACCUCAUGGCUUGCACUUCUUGUAGUUUAUCCUUCAGUCAUUUCUCACGUUUGUAUCAUAUGUUGAUUAUCUAUUUAUCUAUUUGUUUUUAUCUUAGUUUAGGUAGAAAAGAUAGGAAGCACUAUUUUACAAUAGAUGUUAGUUGACUCAUAAAUUCGAUUUAUGUAAGCUAUAAAUCUUGAACGAAAUAAUGUAAAUUGAUGGAAUGUUUAAUAUACAAUUUUGACGUA